AUGUAUCGACUUCUCUUGGUUCAGAUGCUACAUUGUUGUUUCCUGGUGGCCCAUUCCUGCCCUACUCAGUGUACUUGUGUUUACCAAGGAGGGAGCAAUGGGACAGGUCUCAGGUCUGUUUUGUGCAGCGAACCCAGCAUGUCGGCCAUCCCCCUCAAUGCUCCAGCCGACACAGUCAAGUUUCGUCUGGAGAAGACCUCUAUCUCCAGAGUGCCCAGGGCAGCCUUCUUCUACCUGUCUGAGCUCCAGUUCCUGUGGUUGACCUACAACUCCAUCACCACCAUCCACUCCAGCAGCUUCCUUAACUUGAAGGCGCUGCGUGAGCUGCGAUUGGACGGGAACCUUCUCUCUGCCUUCCCCUGGGAGGGGCUUAGGGACAUGCCGCGGCUGCGCACCCUGGGUCUGCACAAUAACCGCCUCUCCAGCCUCCCUGCCCAUGCUGCCCUCUUUCUUCCCAACGUCACCUACCUGGACCUGUCCAGCAACAGACUGACCACUCUGCCCUCAGAGCUGUUGGACCUUUGGUUCCCUCCCCCUGCCCAACUAGCAGGCCCAACACAGAGAAGAGUGCUGGGUAUCCAUGACAACAUGUGGCAGUGUGACUGCCAAAUCUCUAUGCUGCUGGCCCAGUCUAAGUACCAGGAGAGCCCUGUAGUUCUGAUGGACCAGCUCCUCACCUGUAGCCGUAGCGGGGGAACUGCCGACCAGCUGGGGGCCCCCCUCACAGAGGCUGACUUGUCGCGGUGCCAGAGGCCCUCUGUCCAGCCCUCAGCCACCCGGGUUACCUCCCCGCUGGGCAGCAACGUGAUGCUCCGCUGUGAUGCUACAGGCUACCCCACGCCAGUACUCACCUGGACCAAAGCAGCAGGAGCCUCCAUAUACAAUACAGUUAUUCAGGAAUCUCCGCGUGUGGGAAUCCGAUGGUCCAUCAUCAACCUAAAUGGACUUUCGUACAAGGAUGCAGGAGAAUAUCGGUGCCAGGCACGGAACAUGGCGGGAACAGCAGAAGCUCCCAUUAGACUUAGGGUGGUGGGGGUGAUCGCUGUGCCCCCUUCCAUAAAGAACAAGACCCGCAAAGCUCCUUCUAGAUCCUCAUCCAGCAACAGAAAACCUCUCCCACAAAAGCCGAAACGGGCACAGAAUAUUACUUCAAUCUCCACCUCAAAAAAGAAGACUCUUCUGAACCUCAAGUAUGUUACACCCCCCACUCCAACGAACAAGACCCAGAAUAUCAAAAUGGCCCCGGUCCCCACCCCCCUGAAAAAAAUGUCAUCGUCCUCACCACAGAAGUACACACACAAACGCAAAAAGACCUCAGCCCCAAAGUCAAACAGAAAACCUCAGAUAUCUGUCAAUACUAUACCAUCCUCAUCAGAAAAAACUACCACUACAUCGUCUUCACCAGAAAACAACAAGGACCAGAUAUAGUGGCCCUUUCAUCUGUUACUAUAAUAACCCUUCUUAUUCUAUGCCUUUCUGUUGGUCAAUAUUUUAAGGAGCUCAUACACGACCCUUUAAAAACAGAGUAAUCAGUAGCCAACAGAGGGCGUCCAGAGCCCAGAGACAUGAAGCGCAAACUACUGUUACACUUUUUAAGGGUGGUUGUUUUCUGUGUCAGUGUAAGGCUUAUCACCCUCUUAUCUGUGUAAGAUCUGUACUUGUGCUAAAGAUUACGAGGACAUAUUCCUACAAGGACAUAUUCUUACUAGGAGCUCAGCUAUAAAGGGCAAUUCUGCCACUUCAUAUUAAUUCUCUCCUCCACCAUACCAGUGUGUACAUGAAAAUGGUGUGUUUCUAUGAUCUCUGGUAAAAAAAAAAAGAGAAGAAAGGCCCUCAAAUGCUUCUCUAUGAAAUAACAGGGCAGGAUUAAAAGUAAGACAUUUUUUUAAUCAUGGCUGAAUUACCGACCGGGCAUGAAGGGCACGUGCCCCCAUUGAUUUUGUUAGCCACUCUCACUCAGAUUUAAUUCUAACAUGGCAUAAGUCAUGGCAAAAUGUGUAGAAUUUGAGGAAAUUAGCUUUAAAACGGGGGGAAAAAAUCUUCGCCCCAUGGCAAAAUGUGUAGAAUUGUAGAAAAUGUGCUGUAACACUAACAAUUUUCCUCUUCAUCCCAUGGCAAAAUGAGUAGGUAGCCUAGAGGCAGAUAGCCUAGCAGUUAAGAGUGUUUGGCCAUGAACCGAAAGGCAGUUAACCCCCAUCAACAACUGCUCCCUGGGUGCCAUGGACGUUAAUUAAGGCAGCCCACUGCACCUCUCUAAUUCAGAGGGGUUGGGUUAAAUGCGGAAAGCACAUUUUGGUUGAAUGCAUUCAGUUGUGCAAUUGACUAGGUUUCCCAAUUCCCUGAAAUUAGUUAUACAUUUGCAAAAUGUGUCCAAUUUGCCGUAAACUUGCUUUAAAAUUGCACAAUUAUUUUGUGGUAAAAUGUAAAAUGGUAAAAUGUGUAGAAUUGCAGGAAAUGACCUUUAAAACUAAAAUAAAUUAUCCGCGGUCAAGAAGGGGGGGCACUAAAAUGUUUUGCUGGCGAGGUUUGCAUGUAAAGGCUAGUAAACUUUGAAAUGUGUGUGGACAUUUUCUCAAGAUUUUAUAAUAUUUUUAUUUCACCUUUAUUUAACCAGGUAGGCUAGUUG